GAGAGAGAGAGAGAGAGAGAAAAGUGAUAAAGAGGGUCUAAAUAAUUCCGAUUGUAAAUAACAGGGAAGAGGGUAGGGAACAAUGCCGAGAUCUAAAUAAUUCCGGGAGCGAACGAACGAGCGAGCGAGCUUUCAUCGUAAUCAGUCGAGCAUGACGGCAGUAAGGCAAUCGAAGCGCUGUGGUCGAACGUCAUUGUUUGCCCAUCCCCUAAGGCUAACCACCGACACCCACAAUAUUACAGAAUUACUACAUGCCCUGUCUACCCUGUCUCUGCUUCGGUCCAAUAUCGCGCGUACAUUACGAACAUACAUACAUUGGAAAGCCUCGCUGCUGUCUCUGAUAUUAGUUCCAAUGACGGCACGGAAAUUGGAUUGAUAAUGCUAAUUAAAUUGGUUUGUUUGUUAAUUGGACUUAUGGAGAGGAGGAGUUCGAAUCGUAGUCGUAGUCGUCGUCGUUCUCUCAAAUAUUUCGAUGUUAGGUUGUACGAUUCGUUUGCGACAAGUCAGAGAGGAGGAACAUGGUCGUCCACUCUAAUCGAAUUAAUCGUGUUCAUCGAUCGACUAUGGACGAUGUAAAGUAGAGAAAGAGAAAGAGAAAGAGAGAGGGAGAGAGAAAGAGAGAGAGAGAGAGAGAGAGAGAGAGAGAGAGAGAGAGAGAGUAUGUAUGCACGUUUGUUAUGCUCGUUGCAGAAAAAAAGUAUUGCUCUGGCAAAAUUGGAUCCGCUGAUACUUCGUUUACGUUUAACUGGCUUUAGUUGAGCUAAAAAGAAAAGAAAAAAAAUAAAAUUAGGCAAAUAAGGUCGAAGGAUGAAACGGAGGUGAUGGGAGGUAAGGUAAAGAUGUGGGUGGGAAAUAUAAAACGAACAAAUGAACGUUCGUGAAUUGCACGUGGGAAAGAUUAUACAGCAUACGGUUGAACAGUAAAAUGUUCUUGAAAACUAUUCUCUCCAAAAGCUAUUGCUGCAUUUAAUGAUAAAGCGAUGAGGAAAAAAAGCAACGUCUGUAUCGUUCUCGGAGAGAAGAAGAAAACUUGCUAUGAGCAAGACGAUCGUCGAAAGAAUAAAAAUAGAAGAAGAAGAAGAAGAAAAAAUAAGAUAAAAAAGACUGCCGAAAGAAAGGAAAGAAAAGAAAGAGAAAGAGAAAGAGAAAGAGAGAGAGAGAGAGAGAGAGAGAGGGAGAGAGAGACGAAUAGAUAGAAAAAAGAAAAAGGAUAUGGAACGUUUAUAGGAUAUUGCAAUGGUGACCUUAUUUCGUGAGGAUUUUCAAGCGGUAAUUGUUCGGUCCUCUCUCCACGAUUCGUGCCACUCUCUUGGAUAACGAUUGAGAAACACAGAAAGGGGAGCAUCGGAGAGCAUUCAUUCUCUAAGGCAAAGCUGUCUCUAUUUUCCAGUUUCGAUCUUCGAGUACGAGGACGUGUCCUCCUUUUACGCUUGGUACAAUGGAUCGUGUAAUGUCGAGAAAGAGAAAAAGAAAAAGAGAGAGAGAGAGAGAGAGAGAGAGAGAGAGAGAGAACAACCAUCUACACGAUGCCAACAACUUCGAGUAUACGUCAUCAUUGUCGAGAACUCGUAGACAUAAAAUAUCAUAUAAAGAUUCACUCGUUGAAGUUAUCGAGGUUUAAUGCCCCUCGAAGAGAUUUGUUUGAAGGCUCACAUUUUUGUAUAUAUGUAAUAUGAUUCACUAUAACAUCCGUAAAUUUUUUAAACAAAAAAUGUUUUGGAUAAACCAAUAGAAUAGUUCUGUUAUAUUGUAUUUCUUGCCUCUGGCUAUAAUGUACACAUAGAAAGAAAAAGAAAAUAAUAAAAAGGUAGAGAGAAAAAUAUUGCGGGCCAGUGUGGUUUGUUCGUAAUCAUUUUUCAACUCGUAUAGGAUAUGUGUAUAAAUAUGUACAUGCAUACCCAAAAACUUAAAAACAAAACUGGUUGAUAGACGAAGUAAAAAUAUUGUGUGUUAUGUGUACACACGUGUAAAAGAAUGAAAAAAAGAAACGGAGAGAGAGAGAGAGAGAGAGAGAGAGAGAGAGAGAGAGAGAGAGAGAGAGAGAGAGAGAGAGAGAGAGAGAGAGAGAGAGAGAGUAGGAAAACACAUAGAAUAGUAACGUUGACCAUUAUUAAGGCAUUCAACGUUGCAAAAGGACGUAAGCUAAGCUUGGAACAAUUGCUUUUGUAAAAUCGCGCGCGCGGCUUCCUGCGUGAUGCGCAUUGAGACAGAAAGUAGGUCGGUCGAGCCAAGCCGAGCUACCAACAAGAACGUAGUUUGGUCACGUAGUAGAUAUCAAUUAUUAUUCGACCCUCGGAACGGACCAGCCCGGGCUAACGUGAGUGGCCUCUCCUCGAAACGCAUCCUAUAUCCAAUUAUAAAUUUUGCGCGGCUUUAUUAAAGUCGUAUCGCCUGCGAGAAGCGGUUCUCUACGUUGGCUCGCUUCACGAAACUAUCGAGCACUUGGUGUGAUAUUAGAAGCGAUUAUACGAUAACGAACAUACAUGGAUUGUACUUACUUUUUCUAUUCGCAAUUUUUAAGUGAUUAUUUCUGAGAAAAUCAAACGGUAUAGAUUUGUAUAGAUAUUAUGAAUUAUAAUACAAUUGUUCUUUUUUUUUUUUGUUGGAAAUUCCUAUUCAGAAAGGAAUUAUUUUUGCCGUUGGUUAUUAUUAAUAAAAAAGAAAAAAAAAAAAAAGAGAAAAAGAAAUUAAUCGAUAUAUCCAACUAUGCUAUAUUCGAGUCCUUUUCUUUUAUAAGAGAAAAAUCUAGCCUGGCCUCAGGACAAAAGUGUCCACUUCCAAGCUAUUUUAUCUUAACCGCCGCAGGUUUUCUCGACUCAGCCCAAUGGUGAACGUGGGAUACGAAAUAAGGAGAGAGAGAGAGAGAGAGAGAGAGGAAAAGAGAAUGGUUCGAGUCUUGGGAGUAAGAGAGGAUAAGAAGGUAGUUAGUAUGAGGAGACAUUAGUGGCGGCCAACUGGGGCACCCCAGCUUCUCUCUCACUCUCUCUCUCUCUCUCUCUCUCUCUCUCUGUCUCUGUCUCUCUUUUCCUCUCUUUUUCUCUCUCCUUUCCUCUCUUUCUCUUUCUACUUUCUUCAUCUUUCGACUCUCCACACCAUUCCUUAACAUUACCUCCACCAUCGACCUUGCUAUACUAUCUCUCCCUUUCGUCCUUGUGUUUCCAACAGAAUCAAUAGUGAAACGCCAAGGGAGAAAGAAUCAGAAAGAGAUAGAAAGAGACAGAGAAAAAGAGAGAAAGAGAAAGAGAGAGAAAAAGAAAGAGAAAGAGAAGAAGAAAGAGAAGGAGAAAGAGAAAGAGAGAGAGAAAGAAAGAGAGAAGAAAGAACGCGAGAAAAUAAGGUCACCACGAGUUCGCUCCGUUUGCAGGGCCGAGAACGCGAACGUGACUACGCUUUUGCCGAGGGACAACGUCGAGAAACGCGUUGUCGUUUUUCUUCGUUGGCAUCCGUCUCGCCUUGACACGGAAACCAACGAACGACCGAGAACCGUGAUCACGAGCAAAGAUGAGACACCACGCGAUUUCCUUUAUUCCCUAAGACGUAUACAAUCCCUCCUAACAUUUUACACGAAAUCUACAGGAAGUUUUAUAUAUCCAUUACCGGAGUUCAAUUCAAUAUUUUUAAUCUUUUUUUUUUUCAGAAGAGAACUUUUUUUGAGUUCGAUUCUCUGUAUAUUUUUUGGUUUUUUUUUGUUUUUUUUGUCUUUUUUAUUUCAUAUGAAAAUUAUUUUAAUAGAUUUUAAUGACAUUGAUCAUACUACGGCAAAUAUCAUUUGUAAAUGGUUAAAUAUUACUACAAUAUUUUCAAUGUUGUCUUUCCAUCAAAUAAGAAAGGCAGAUAGAAUUUUUAACUAUUAUAUAAUAAAAGAAAACGAAAAAGAAAAUGAAGAAGAAGAAGAAUUUACAUGCCAUCUACGAAAUAUUCUUCGACUACUUAGCCGAUCGAAGUGUGAAAAUUUUGGCGUCUCGCAUUAAAUUAAAUUCAUCCGGAUUAAAGUCUUUCUACGGUCUUUAUUAAAAUAACGUUGAUUUUCUUCGCACCUUCUCAGUCACGUAAUUAUGUCGACGAUCCUCUAAGGAUUCAAACGUUAAUGUCCAAUCGAUGAAGACGGUAACGUUAACGUUAUUAUUUCUCUAAAUGCUUGUAUUUGUACAAAAAAAAAAAUAAAAAAAGAGAAAAAGGAAAAAAGGAACAGAAAGAGGAAGAAAAUAAAAAAAAAAAGAAACAAAAAUUUGAUUAACAGUGUGAUUGUGUUUUUCAACUUUUUUACCCGAAUUCGUUCACUGGAUUUGAAAAUUUCUACCCCGAAUGUAUCUUUUUUUUUUGUUUAUUUUUGCCGUCAUCAUCGGUGAAGUACAACAAACAUAAAACCGGCUCGCACUUCGCUGGAAGGCACACACGUCGCUUGGAAAACGCGUGGUUCUCAUCGGUGAGAGAGGAAGAGAAGGAUGGGGAGGAAGAGAGAGGACAAGAGCACCACCGAGUAUUCUGUCACGUCCAUGCCUCGUGCGCUAGAACGCGAUGAAACGUCCGUGGGGUACAUGCUCGUCCAGAAACGCCGAUGCAUUUUGACGAGCCUUUCUCCGUUGAGCUGUAGGAUGGUCAGAAAAGCGUUCUAGAUAUGAACGAUUGCCGACGUCUCUGGUAUCAGUCACAAUAGCUCCGUCGAAUACGUGGACGCUAACAAGCAGAUUCUGACCACCAGUCUGACGCGUCACUAUGCUGCAGUGAUGGAGGGUGAAGGCACGUUAGGCCGCGGUCAUUCAAACGGGGGCCGUGGGCUGCGCCGUCAACGGUCCCUCGAAUGGCGAGAACGGCGCGGGUAUGGUCAUAGUGCUCAAUCUAGUAGCGACGACGAAGAAAAAACUCAUCGUGUCGUUGGUCCAGCAACAACUUCAUCCUCUAAUAGGGGAGCUCGAAGCCCUGGGCAAGUCUUCGCCUCUAUACUCGCACAACAUUAUGGCGGUGCCGGUGAUCGUUCUUAUCGCACUGGCUCGGACACGGAGGGUGCCGCAACGACGGACAACCCUACGACGCCGUUUCCAACGCCACCACCAACGUUGACGCCAAAUCAUCGACAAGCUUCCCCGUUUCCUCUCGAAAGCACCAACUCUCGGCGGCAUCAUUACAACGGGAGCGUAUCCUCGGACAGAUCUCGCAAUGGAAACGGUGAAACGGUAUAUGCGGCACCAAGCAAAAAGACGAAUACCGCUGGAGGAGGAGGAGGAGGAGGAGGUGGCGGUACCUUAGGUCGAAGAACACGCCGAGGUCACGCAAGCGCCUUGAGUAGUAGCUCAACUGCGAGCGACCGUUCAGAGACCGUCGUCUUUCCCGACGAGCAUUCGCGUAUACACCUUGGCAAUGGUCUCUCCAGGCCUAUUUACUUCACAGACACUGGAAGAGAUUCUCCUCCGGAACCAGCACCACCGGAAGUACCACCUCGUGGCCCAUCUUUACACGCAACGCACACCCUACGUAAUCAACAAACUCGAAAUGGAUGUCCUCCAAAUGCUACUGGAAAUUUCACCGUACCAACGGAUCAGAUACCAUCGGAAACCUAUUCUGAGUACUUGAUGUCGGGAAGUCCACGAAGUUAUCCGGCACGAUCCCCCGGGGUAGCUUCCACGCCAACCGUGACCAGACUUCCACCACCGCAACAGCAGGUGACCGUAGGUUCCUUAGGAGGUGGCCUCGGAAGUGGAGCCGGUAAUGGCGGUACCGGGACCGUUGCAGCUCAAAAUCAGGCGAUGGUGAUGCCAGGCUUUCCGCUUCGAGCCGCGACAGUACCGCAUUACUCUCCUUAUUCGCCGUCGCGUUUUCACAUCGACAAACGCUGUCAACACAGAUGCUCUUGGAAAUGUUUCUCUAUCGCUUUGAUAUUACUUGCCGUUGCUCUCACCGGCAUGCUCGCGUAUUUUGCUGCAGUGAGUUCCAUGCGGCCGAUAGACAAUAACAACUGCGUAGUGGUUCAAGAUAUCAAGGCUGUCACUCAUGAAAACGCUCACGUUCACGACCCUAUAUCAACUCAGAUACCAACGGAAGAAUCACUGCCGACCAGUACUGCCGAACAUUCUAGUGCUGCAGAUAGUGUUGGGGACCAGCAAAGCGAUCCACAAAUUCAACAAUCGGCCCAACAAUGGCCAGCUGUGCUCGAGCUUCAAGCUUACAACGUAGCGCACUCAGCCUUUAUACUACCGUACCACUUUUGGAAUACCGAGUUCCGCAACAAGCAACCGGCUUUCAUCAGGUUAAACCUAACGUUGCCUUGGGGUGCGAACUUUGCCGUUUACGGAAGACGAAACGUAGCACCAAGCGUCACGCAAUACGACUUCGUUGAGUUUGUAAAAGGUGGCCGUGUGGAUCACAGACUUAAAAGGGAUGCAUCGUCCGAAGCUGUGAGCUUUAUGAAACAGGCAACCCAAGAUUUUGGCAUUGAACCUAAUCGAUCUUCGCGAGAUACUGGAACUAAAUCUAUCAAGUCUUAUCAACAUAUUAUCAUAAAAAGAACGAUCGUAGAGCCAAUGAUGGUCAACGUUAGUCUUCUUCAAUACUUGGACACUGGCCGUUGGUUCUUGUCAGUUUAUAAUGAUGAACUUCAACCCUACAAGGUUACGCUGGUCGUCACCGAAGCUGAAGGAGUCUCCACAACUUGUCCUAAUGAUUGCUCUGGUAGAGGAUCAUGUUAUCUUGGGAAAUGUGAUUGCAUCGAUGGUUAUCAGGGUGCCGACUGUAGUAAGAGCGUGUGUCCUGUUUUGUGUUCAUCUCACGGCCAGUACGGUGGUGGUAUGUGUCACUGUGAGGAUGGCUGGAAAGGUGCCGAAUGCGACAUACCGUUAGGAGAUUGCCAAGUUCCUGAUUGCAAUCAGCAUGGGCAGUGCGUUAGAGGAUCGUGCGUUUGUAAUCCUGGCUGGAAGGGUGCCUUCUGUAAUGAACCCGAUUGUCCGGAUCCAAACUGCAGCGGUCAUGGCGCCUGCGUGUCCGGCAAGUGUUACUGCAAGGCAGGCUGGCAGGGUGAACGAUGCAAUCAGGUCGAUCAGCAGGUGUAUCAGUGUCUACCAGGUUGUUCGGACCAUGGCACGUACGACCUCGAAUCUGCCGCGUGCAUCUGCGAAGAACAUUGGACUGGGGUCGAUUGUUCACAACCCAGUUGUGGCCUGGACUGUGGUCCUCAUGGAUCGUGCGAACAGGGUCGUUGCAAAUGUCAUGACGAUUGGACUGGAACGAAAUGCGAUCAGAAACCAUGUGAUCCACGUUGUGCUGAACAUGGCCAAUGUAAGAACGGAACUUGCGUAUGUAGUCAAGGAUGGAAUGGAAGACAUUGUACUUUGCCUGGAUGCGAGAAUGGUUGCACUAGACACGGACUGUGCACGUUGCAGGACGGCGAGUACAGUUGCGAAUGCUCAAUCGGUUGGGCUGGCAGAGACUGUAGCAUAAGACUCGAGAUGGAAUGUAAUGAUUUUGUCGACAACGAUCAGGAUGGCAUGGUGGACUGUUCCGAUAGUGAAUGUUGCUCGCACGCUACUUGUGCCGAGCACAUUAUGUGCCUGGCCAGUAAAAAUCCGGUCGAUGUCCUUCUUAGGAAACAACCGCCUAGUGUCACUGCAUCGUUUUAUCAACGAGUCAAAUUCCUCGUCGAGGAAAAUAGCGUACAGAGCUACGCUCAUAUGGACGAGUACACGGAAAGUACGUUCUGGAGUUCCUUUACACCGCGUCGUGUUGCGGUGAUGAGAGGCCAAGUUGUAACCGAGCAAGGACUUGGAAUAGUAGGCAUCAGAGUCUCCGUUGACAGAGACUCAAGAUUUGGAUUCACCUUGACCAGAGCUGAUGGAUGGUUCGACGUUUUGGUUAAUGGUGGAGGAGCCGUGACAUUGCAAUUUCAACGUAGCCCAUUCAAACCUCUUACGAGGACUGUGUUCGUGCCCUGGAAUCAGAUCGUUGUUUUACCACCCGUCGUGAUGACUCUUAGCAAGGAAGGAGAGCCAUACAAAUCUAAUCAACCACCUAGUCCAGCAGUCGGCUUCCCAGGGAUUUCCAUGGGGCUCUUUAGCGAGCACGGACCAUGUUUGGAACACGAUCAUGAGACUCUACGUCCAAUCAUCGUUAGCACAUGGAUGCCAGAAAAAGUGGGUGGUUUGCCAGGGAAAAGUCUGGUAUUCGCUGAGAGUCAAAUCGUACAAGAAAGUAUUGCCAUACCUGGAUCUAAUCUUCAUUUGAUGUAUCAAAGUAGUCAAGCUGCUGGGUACCUUUCUACUGUUAGAAUGCAAUUGACUGGACCAUUUAUUCCAAAAUCUUUAACGCACGUACACGUGCACGUUGAAAUCGAGGGUUCACUUCAUACAAAAACCUAUGAAGCUGACCCCAAUUUGACGCACACUUUCGCAUGGAACAAGAGAAAUGUCUACAAGCAAAAAGUAUACGGAGUUGCACAAGCAAGAAUUUCAAUCGGUUAUCAACAUUCAACUUGCCCUUCCGUCAUAUGGGAAACGCAAACUGCGAUUUUGCAAGGAUUUGACGUAGACAUUUCCGAUAUCGGUGGUUGGGGACUUGACAUUCAUCAUCAUUACAACUUUCACGAAGGAAUCCUUCAAAAAGGAGAUGGAUCUACGUUACACUUCAAACAAUAUCCACGUACCGUAAAAGUAGUAAUGGGUACUGGUCUUCAAAGAAGCUUGGUCUGCCAAAACUGUGAUGGUUUGGCCAAAGAUGCUAGACUUUUGACACCAGUAGCUCUUACCAGUGGUCCAGACGGCAGCAUCUAUGUAGGAGACUUUAAUCUCGUGCGUAGAAUUACACCCGAAGGAAACGUUUAUACUGUUUUAAUUUUAAGUGCAACUCAAGUAGCCUAUCAGUACUAUCUAUGUGUCUCCCCUGCCGACGGGCAUUUAUACAUCAGUGAUCCUGAAAAACAUCAGAUAUUAAAAGCACUUUCAUUAGAACAAGUUCAGGAUCCUAGCAUCAACAUAGAACCGGUUGUCGGUAGCGGUGAAAGAUGUAUUCCGGGUGACGAGGGUCAUUGUGGAGACGAGGGUUCAGCGAUACGAGCAAAAUUGGCUCACCCAAAAGGUAUCGCGAUUGCUGCCGAUAAAACUAUGUAUAUAGCCGAUGGCACAAACAUACGUGCUGUCGAUCCACAUGGUAUUAUACACACAUUGGUUGGGCAUCAUGGUCACCACAACCAUUGGUCACCAGCACCAUGCAUUGGUGCUAUACCUGCACAUCAAGCUCAACUGCAAUGGCCAACAGGAUUGACUCUAAGUCCUCUUGAUGGAUCUCUACAUUUUAUCGACGAUAGGCUUGUGCUGAAAUUAACCAGUGAUUUAAAAGUACGCGUAGUAGCUGGUACACCUCUCCACUGUACUAGUAAUGCAAACAACAACGGCAAUGCUAACACCAGCGAACUCACCAAAUUGAAUUCGACUAUACCAACGAAUCUAAAGAAAUCUGAUGACGUUCUUGGUUCGGUUUUAGCUGUUGGUUUUAGUCCAACUGGUGAACUUUACAUAGCCGACAGUGAUUCUCAUCGGGUUAAUUCUAUUAGAAUAGUCGAUUCUUCUGGAAAAAUGUCUCACUUUGCUGGACAACAACAGGAACGAUUACGUGGUCAAUGCGAAUGUAAUAAUACGACUCCUAGUACAAAAGAUUUAGAUGCAUGUACUUGUACAGAUGAUACCAGUAGUACGGAAACACUUUUGUCAUCGAAUGCCAAAUUCACUGCCAUAUCAGCCUUAGCAGUAUCUCCUGAUGGCGUUGUUCAUGUCGCGGAUCAAGGAAGUUUACAUAUUUUGGCUUUGCAACCAUAUCUUCCAAAUCACGAUGAAAGUGGCGAAUUCCUCAUUCCCUUUCCCCCAUCUAACGAAGUUUACGUAUUCAAUCGUUAUGGUCAACACAUAUCUACAAAGGACCUAACAUCUGGAAAAACUCGGUAUUCGUUCCUAUACAGUAAAAAUACUAGUUUUGGCAAACUCUCCACUGUAACUGAUAGUGCAGGAAACAAAAUACAAUUUUUACGAGAUUACAGUAGCGUGGUUAGUACAAUUGAAAAUACUCAAGAUCAUAAAUCCGAAUUGAAAAUUUCUGCCGUUGGUUUUCUUGAAAAAUUAUCUGAAAGAGGUAGAGCAGAAAUUGCUCUUGGAUAUGAUGGUUCCACUGGUCUACUGACAAGUCGUUCAGGGGGAGAUGAAACCUAUAUUUACAAUUAUGACAGUUUGGGAAGAGUCACUGAUGUAAUUUUACCGACAGGAGAAAAAUUAAAAUUAUUUUCGGAUCUUUCUAACGACGAAGGUCUUUCUGUACAAGUAUCUGCUCCUCUUCAAGCAUUGUCAAAAGGAGAUAAACAAAGAUUUGUAGAAUUUGAAAUGAAAAAUGAGAGAUCUAAAAUGCUUACUAUAACCGAUGGUACGAAAAUUAUGAAAGCAACUGCAUUCACGAACAGCAGUUUGGCAGUUUGUCUUCCUAGUGGUGGAAGAAUAUUAAGUGCAGCGACGACUAAACAUCCUUUACUUGAAGCCGCUUUACCGGUGGAAGCAGAAAUGUUACCAAUGUGGAGCUAUCAAGUGAUGUCUCUCGGUGAAUUAACAAAUACAAUGACCACCACUUAUAAUCUUGUCGGGGACGUAAGCCACUUUCAACAGACACUUAACAGAGAGAUCUGGGUAAACGAUACAAGAGUAAUUGCUGUCGAAUUCGAACAAGCAUUCAGACGAGAAACUUUCUACGACAAAAUGAGAACACCUCUAUUGACUGUGACCUUCGAUCCUGCUGGAUUGCCAUUACUUUGGCAACCUCACGAACAAGGACAUAACCUUAGUAUCACUUACGAUAGAUUUAAUCGUAUAGAAAGUUGGAAAUGGGGUGCAUCGGACGAAUCUUAUGGUUACGAUCGACACGGCCAACUGGCAGAUGUCACCAAUAGUCAAGAUGGCACAAAACGAUACACCUAUAACGACUUCAACAUGCUUUCCAAGAUAACUCUCCCUAGCGACAGGCAUUUCUCUUUGGAAUAUGACGAUGACGGUGGCCUACGACAUAUUAUUCUUCCAUCAGGAACGAAACAUUCCUUUUCUUGCCAAGCCUCUCUCGGGUUUCUUCGAGUAACAUAUACACCACCAGGAAGUACUAGAGCUUAUCUUCAACACUAUAGUCAUGAUGGUAAUCUUUUACAAACUGUAUUUCCUGGCGAUGGUGCACGUAUCGUCUAUAGAUAUCAUACAUCUGGACAAUUGGCUGAAGUCGUUCAUGGUGAUGGAAAAAGUGAAAUAAGGUACACCGAAAGUGGUUUACCUUCUGAAGUCAUACAUUCCGAAAGAGACGUAGAAUAUAGAUGGGAUUAUCAAUAUAGCGCUGGUCUUCUUGUUGAAGAACGUAUAGAUUUCGGAGCCAAAACUGGUCUCAGCAAUGCCAAAUUUACUUUCGAUUAUGAUUCAAACUUUAGAUUGAUCGCUGUGCAGGGUAGAAUAGGCGGUCAAACUUUGCCACCUCAUACCAUGGCUUAUAAUCCAAGAACUGGCUUAUUGGAACAGAUAGGGCAAUUUAAAAUAACGAAACCACAAAUAAACGAGACUACAGUUUUCGAUGGCACUGCACUUUUUUCACGGAUUACCGACGACAGAUUUCAUGAAACUCAAGUGACAGUAACUAUCCACAGUUUGGAAGUGUUCAGAAUGGAAUUCACUCAUGAUUCUCGUGGACGUAUAAAUCAAACCAGGACGUAUACUCGUAAUGUUGCUGUUAAUACGUACACCAAUGUGAAAAAUUACACAUGGGAUUGUGAUGGACAAUUAACGGGUGUCGAAGCACAAGAACCAUGGGGUUUCAAAUAUGAUGGAAAUGGUAAUAUGUUAUCACUUAGAUAUCGUGGAAAUACUAUACCCAUGGAAUACAACACCAUGGAUAGAAUCAUUAAAUUCGGCGAAGGUCUUUACAAGUACGACAAUAGAGGUCUUGUUGUUCAAAAUGCUAGAGAAGAGAGAUUUAAUUACAACGCUAAAGGUCUAUUGGUACGUGCCACUAAACGUGGUCGAUUCGAUGUCCGUUAUUAUUACGAUCAUCUCGAUCGUUUAGCAACGAGAAAGGAUAAUUAUGGAAACGUGACUCAAUUCUUUUAUAAUAAUCAAAAACGUCCUCACGAAGUCAGUCAAAUAUACAGUCCACGUGAUGGAAAGCUGAUGUCUUUGGUUUAUGAUGAUAGAGGCCAUCUUAUUUAUGCACAAGUUUAUCGACAUAAAUAUUAUAUCGCCACUGAUCAGUGUGGCACGCCUAUAAUGAUCUUCAAUCAAUAUGGCGAAGGUAUAAGAGAAAUCAUGAGAUCCCCAUAUGGACACAUUGUGUAUGAUUCCAAUCCUUAUUUGUACUUACCUGUUGAUUUUUGUGGCGGAUUGUUGGAUCAGGUAACGUCAUUGGUUCACAUGCCAAAUGGAAAGGUUUAUGAUCCUCUUAUAGGCCAAUGGAUGUCUUCCCUUUGGGAAAAUGUCUUAGAUAGGAUAGAUAUACCAACCCAUCUACAUCUUUAUAGAUUUAACGGGAACGAUCCAAUCGAUAUCAGACAUACAGAUAGAUCAAAUCAACCCACAGAUCACAUAUCAUGGUUCACACAUCUGGGAUACGAUCUAAAAAGUUUAGCACCUCAAUUAUUCCCUGACGAGCUUCCCGAUAGUUUGGUACCACCGGCUCUCGGUCCAGGUACUUCCAUAUUUGGCAAGAAGAAGAGAACGAGAAAUCUUGGUGUUCAAUCAGGCUUUUUAGCCCACAUUGCUCAAAGACAUUCUGGUGAUGCGAUGAGCCUUUCAGCACCACCACGAUCAGCUCUUAAAAAAGACACUAGUGAACUAAUCCCAAAUCGUUUAGGUGCUGCUUCAGAUCCACCAUUUGGUAAAGGAAUCCUUGUUUCGAGAACAGCCGAUGGACAGGCCGUAGUGUCGAGUGUGCCAACGGCGAACGCUAUUUAUGGAGACGUCUUCACCUCGGUGUUCAAUCGUUCGUAUUUCUUACCGUUCACGUUCGUCGUUCAUAGUGCUCAACAAGAUGCUUUUUACUUCGUCAAGGAAGAAACCUGGAGAGCCAGCGAGGAUCGUGGUCAAUUGAAACGUCUCGGUGGACAAGUAAAUACUAGUUUCCACGAGAAUGAAAAUGGCAGUGGAAGUAACUCCCUGAUCGACGUGAAGAUACACGGUACCAGCUACGUCGUCAAUUUACGAUAUGGCACGACAGCCGAGAAAGAAAAGCAACGACUCCUUCAUCAUGCAAAAGCAACUGCUAUACGUAAGGCUUGGCACAGAGAACGGGAAGCACUUAAAGCUAAUACUCCAACAACGAAUGAAUGGAUGGUAGCCGAACAGGACGAGAUAUUGAAGGUUGGUGUAGCCUCAAAUUACGAAGGUGAAUAUAUACAUGAUGCUCAAAUCUAUCCAGAGCUAGCGGAGGAUCCUUACAACAUAAGAUUCGUCAAAAAAGCUGUCGAUACUUCAAGUAAGAAACGACGCAGAAGGAGAGGAGCACCGUCUUGCAAGCUUUGGUGGUUGGAUAAAUUUUGCUAGAUCGUCUGGGUCGACGAAAACAAUAUAUGGCUCUCCUUCCACUGCCCUUCUUUUUAAUGGGUUAAUCACUGUCCAAAAAAUUGAUUGCUAUGGUCUCUCUCUUUUGGUACGCGUUAUGCAAACGAAUAAAAAGAAAGGCAAAAUGAGAAAAGAAAAAGAGAGAGAAAUACGGAGAGAUAAAGAAUGAAGAAAGAAAUUAUAAAGAGAGUUACUAGAAAGAUGAGAAUUACUGUGACAUAUUAUUCACAGUAUUCUUUGAUACACACACGUAUAAAGAAAGAAAGAAAGAGAGGGAGAGAGAGAGAGAGAGAGAGAGAGAGAGAGAGAGAGAAGUAACAAAAAAAGGAAAACGUACUGAACACUAUCAAAAAGUUUUAUACCAAAGUCUAUUUGUGUAUUUCAAAGAUGCCAAAAACACUAACGUUAUAUGAUCUACCGCGAUAGGGUGUAGUGUGUAAGGAUUAAAAAAAAAGUAUGCGUGGCGUGGAUUACGGAUUAAUCUUGCCCACGGAUAAGAGUACGCGACCGAACCGUGAUUUGGCAGACGCGCGAAAGCCUUAUAAGUAAAUCGGUGCAAGAGCUUUCCAUGAAUAAGAAGAAGAAGAAGAAGAAGAAGAAUCUCUCUUUCUCGAAAAGAGAUUUGUGACUUUUGAAAGUCUGGUGUUCGAAUUUGAUGGACAUAAAUAUUAUGAAUGAAAUGAAAGAGAAAGAGAGAGAGAGAGAGAGAGAGAGAGAAAGAGAGAAAGAGAGAGAGAGAUACGAUGUUAAAAGAAUGAUUUUAAUUCGGAUAUAUAGGGUAUUUCCAAAGGACGAAGAAGUCAGUAUAUAAAAUGAAUGUGGGCGCAGUGUAAACCUACGUGUAACGAGCGAAGACACAAAUACCAUCCGUUUUCUAAAAUUUGUGAAACCAAGCGUGUGUGUCACGUCAUCGUUAAAGGGACGGAAAAAAAAAACAAAAAAAAACCAAAAAAAAACAAAAAAAAAUGCAAGCGGGCCAUUCGUCGUUGAGGCGAGUCGAGUGAGAGAAACUAGUCAAUAUAUAGCUUUACAUUGACGUAUAAACUUUUCAUUAGAGUAAGAACGAGAGAGAGAGAGAGAGAGAGAGAGAGAGAGAGAGAGAGAAAGAGAGAGUUAUAGUGAAUAUGCAUGUGUGAGAGAGAAAGAGAGAGAAUGCGAUCCUUGCCGUAUAAUAUGAAAUUGUGUGUACCCACCUGCCCAUUCGUAUGCGAGCGAUACUUCGUCGUCGUCGUACUUAGAUAGAAAAAGAAGUUAAAGAAAAAAAUGAAAAAGAAGUUGAAAAGAAAAGUGAAUUACAUAAAACGAUAAAACGUGGAUUGCAAGUGGAUGCGAACCGAAUGUGCACACAUAUCUCAACAAUGAAUGGCCUCGGAAUUCGUAAGGAAGCUCGCGCGUUAUUGUUCUAAGAUGACUCCUACUUUUUUUAUUUCUUAUUUUCUUUUUAUUCUUUUUUUUUUCGUUCAUUGUCAGUAUAAUGAAAAAGGGGACACAAAAGUCGUUUCGUUCGUUUGAUCGAUCGAUUUAAAAAAAAAAAGUAAAAAAGAUGAAGAAGGGAUUGACGUGUACGAUUGAUCGACUAAGCUCGAGUUCUACUUUGAAGCCUUAGAAUGUAUCGGCAAGAAGAAAGAGACGAGCGAAUUUGUAUUAUAAAGUGGUGCUUUCUCCGGCGAUGCAAAAAAAACAAUAGAAAGAGAGCGAGAAUCUUGUGCAGUGUUGAACGAUGAGAAAGAGAGAGAGAGAGAGAGAGAGAGAGAGAGAGAGAGAGAGAGAGAAAGCGUAUGAUUGAGAGAGCAUGAGCGUGAAUGGAAUAUUGUAUUAUUAUUAGGCUUAAACAUAUUUUUAAACAUGGAUGUGUCGUAUCCUAGCACUUUAGCGUCCAACCUCCGUAAAAACGAACCUAGAAAAAAAGAAAAACAAAAAAAAGAAAGAAAAUGAGAAAUGAUCUUCUUAUAUUACUGCCAUCAGGAGGCUUAACGAACUAUAACGACGAUCGAACAUAUAAAACGUGUCUCGGGAUAAUCUACAGUACACUCUCUGUUUGUUAAUCCCGUUUACACGAUAUACACAUUAUAAAUAUAUAUAUUUUAGGCGGGGUAAAGAAGGAAGCGUCGGGCGAUCGAGCAAGCUGAUGUCUCUCUCUCUGUUUAAGUCAAAUAUUGAAAUUAAAAGAAAAAUAGUAAAGAAAGAGAGAACACAGAAAGAAAGAAAGAAAGAAAGAAAGAAGCAGACGAAGAAGAUAAAGAAGAUAAAGAAGAAAAAAAGAAGAAAUGACUCAUUAUCGGUAAAUAAAAAAUAAAAAAAUAAAAAAAAAAAAAAUAAAAAAAUAUACAUAUACAAUAUUGCAUAUUUGUGCUUGCUGGAUAUGAAUAACACGAACGUCAAACUAUGUUUCUCUUCAUUGAUAA